GGGCGUUCCGCCGCGGAAGCGAGCGCGCGCCGGCGGCGCGGAGGCGGGCUUUGGGCGUCGGGCCGCCCCUUCCCCACGCCCCGCCUACACCGGCAUUUACUUCAGUUGUCGCCCCUGCUACCUCGCCGAGAGGCGGCUCCGGAGUUACCGGGCGGGUUUUGUUGGGUCGGCGACGUCAGGGAUCCGCCGCGGCGUGUCGUCGGCGUCGCCCGGCCCCUGGUGCGCCCCGCGGCAGGCAGAGCUCUCACUCCUGCCCCGCGGCUGGUCCGGGGUCCAGGCCCCGGGUCGACGGCGGCUCCACAGGACGCGCGGACCGGGCCGCCGCCCAUGCCCCUAGCGGACUGCGUUAUGAGGCAUCUGCCUUACUUCUGCCGCGGCCGAGUGGUGCAUGGCUUCGGCCGCGGCUCCAAGCAGCUGGGCAUCCCCACGGCUAAUUUUCCUGAGCAAGUGGUAGAUAAUCUUCCAGCUGAUAUAUCCACUGGCAUUUAUUAUGGUUGGGCUAGUGUUGGAAGUGGAGAUGUCCAUAAGAUGGUGGUGAGCAUCGGCUGGAACCCAUACUACAAGAAUACGAAGAAAUCCAUGGAAACACAUAUCAUGCAUACCUUCAAAGAGGACUUCUAUGGGGAAAUCCUCAAUGUGGCCAUUGUUGGCUACCUCAGACCAGAAAAGAACUUUGAUUCUUUAGAGUCACUUAUUUCAGCAAUUCAAGGUGAUAUUGAGGAAGCUAAGAAACGACUAGAUUUACCAGAACAUUUGAAAAUCAAAGAAGACAAUUUCUUCCAGGUUUCCAAAAGCAAAACAAUGAAUGGCCACUGAUGAAAAAUUGUAUUUAUUCAUUCACUGUUUUCUAGUGUUUCUGGGUUUAUUACUGUCCGUUCUCAUCUUCGUUAUGUUUUAAGAAUCAAACACUUUCCUGCAGUUGUGAAUUAAACAGUACAAUGUAGUUACCAUAUCAUGCUUCAACUGUUAAAUGAAGCCCAUCAUGUCAUAGCACUAAAAAUAUUUGUUUAAAAAUCAAGAUUUAAAAAAUACAUAUUGAUUAAAAUGUACCACUAGAAAGGUAUUACUUGUGUAUAAGCAUGGGUAAAAAGGCAAGUCACUAGUUUGGGAUGAAAUACGAAAUUUUCACGGUAAAAUACCAGCAUGUAUGUAAUUGUGUAGUGUAUACUUCUAAACAAAGAAGGCUUAUAAAAGUAAAUGCAUUAAGGCAAAGUGCAGUGGCUUGUGCCAGUAAUCCCAGCACUUAGGGAGCCGAGGUGGGAGGAU